AUGGCGAUCGGGGCGUGUUUCUGCGGCCAGAUUCGCAUCAAAUUUAAUAGCCAUCCCUUGAUGUCGGGACUGUGUCACUGCCAUGAUUGUCGUAAACUGACCGGAUCUCCCUAUUCAUACAGUUUCGUCAUCAAAACCGCCGAACUAGAGGUCUUAGGGAAUCCCAAAGAAGUUCCUAAAACAUCUGACAGCGGAAAUGACAUCAGGAACUACUUCUGUUCUGACUGUGGCACGCCGCUUUAUGGACACAAAAUCAAGUCUAAUGGAAACCCCGACGAAAUCACCGUCGUCAGGGCAGGAAUAUUUGAUGAUUCCGUUUUGGAUCAAUGCAGACCCCAGGCAGAGCUAUAUACUGAUAGUCGCCUAAAGUGGGUAGAGCCCGUCGAAGGGGCCGAUCAAUUCGGUGGUAUGAUGGCACUUUCAUAG